AUAAAGAGCAAUUGUCAGUAAAUCGUCUCGUAAACUUUCCAUCGCGUAAAAUUGCUCCAAAAUAAGCAUCGCCUAACGAAAUAAACCGAAUAAACCUUCUCCCUUCACACUCCAGAACUUUGACAACAUUCACGCGAAAGCAAGGCGAUGCAAACCACCGUCACCUUAACGCGAUAUAGAUUGUGAGAAGAGGAAAUAAGCGCACACCAGCCAGCAUUGCAAGAGGCCUGUCACUUCUUGCAGACGAGAUUGAUGCAAAUUGAUGCAGUUUCACCUUGCAAAGAAAUGGUUCGGUUCUGGCUAAGAGUCCUGACUCCACGAGGACGUCGCAUUUACCUUGUAUUGGCCAGUGGACUCUUCCUCCUGUCGAUAUCCUUAUUAGUUGCGCGAUCGUGGAAGCUGAAGUCAGCUGCGGGAAACUUCCUUUAUCACGAAGAACUACAAAGAACUGCUGAGGAAAUAGGCUCUAGUUUUUACUACGAGCCUCACAAAGAAGCAGAGAGGGUUUUUAGCCACAAGGAAAGCAAAGGAGGACUCACAUGGUUUGUUCAGGUUUCGGACAUCCAUCUGCGCUUGGGUGCUGAGGAAGAGGUGCAACAAUUUCGAGAAUUUGUUGAAGAUGCGGUGACAAUCCUGAAGCCAGCAGCUGUGCUUGUAACAGGUGAUCUGACAAACUCUAAGACUUAUGGGGUGAAGCUGAAGGAGAUACCCCAGGAAUGGGCCAUAUAUAAGCACUCCGUAAGGGACAGACUCAAUGUAAAUGUCUCUACCCUAUGGCUAGAUAUUGCAGGCAAUCAUGAUAAUUUUGAUGAAGUGAAUCAUUCUCACUUCAAGUCACAUGCUGUGCAAGUCUCCUUCGAAAAUACACAGACAGCCAGAAGGAUCAUUGUGACAGACGGCGACGGGAGAAAUAUAACUCUCAUUCCAGUGGAUGCGUCACUCAAGCCAGGCAUCAGGGCCUAUAAUUUCCUGGGUUAUCUUCCCGACCAUGAAUUUAGAGAGCUGCAAAGAGCAGCCAAAG